AUGGGUCGGUUGAAUUCCGCUGUGGCCGAGGGCUGUGUCGCCGUCACUGAAAAGGCACUGAAAAGGCGGCUGGGGAUUACGGCCAAUCGUGCACAUCAAAGUGAACGGACGGUUGAAUUUACCUUUACUGCGAGCAAGGAUCGGCUGGGUGAGAUAUCUUCUGCUCUCUUCAAGGAAUUUGUGCAGGCGGCGUGCGGUUCAGAACAGGGGAGGACCAAAUUAGGCUCAGUUGACGUCUCUGUUGAUGCCCAAAAGGGACUCCAAUCGGUUCUUUUUACAGAUGUUGUUCGAGUGCACAACUUCAGGUUUGACGAACUGCCGGACGAUAGCCCCGCAAUCACUGCGGUGGCGGAGGCGACAUAUUUCCGCUAUCUUGCGAAGCACUCCGACGCUCAGGCUUAUGCAGUAACAGAGUUUCCCAAAUGUUUGACCGCUAAAGGUGGACCGCGACUUGAUGUUAUUAUUGCUGGUUACGUUCUAUUCUCUUUGCUCUCUGAUGACGGCGAUGAAGUGAAACUUCGCAUGUAUAUCAAAAACAUUGACGAAGUCCUUGGCACAAUGUGUACCUCUUCUUUUGCCAGCACGGUUUUGCCGCAUUCCUGGAGUAAUCUUGACCAGUUGGAGCCACACCAGCUGGUGGACCUGCUGGAAGAGACACAAUUGGCGAUAAGUGACUUUUGGACCGACAGUGCACAAGAUACUCGGGCUCGCUCGCAGGUUAUCUUCCUUAUGACGACUAUUGGCUCUGAAUUGCGGGAGUACUUUUCCAAAAAGACUCUUGCGGCGGGAGGUGUUUUUGGUGACAGCAAAAGUGCCACAGAGAUGGCUCUAAGCUGCUGUGAUGAUUGGGUUAAUAUGUGCCGCAAUUUGACUACCAUUGAUUGGGGCGCCGUUUGGGGAGGUCGUUUUGAGGAUUUGCAACUUCGGGUAGUGUGUGACAGGCUGCGGGUUGUGGCCUCUCUUCGCGAUUUGGUUGGUGAGAUGGUGGAGCUACUUAAUGCAUCAGGCGAGUUACACUUCCUGCGAAAGGAGACUCUGUGGGAGGCAAUGGAGAGCAUUGAUAUCUUUCAAACGACAGCUGCGGUCGAGAAGCAGUGGGACGCCGCUCUGAGUGCAUUCUACAGACGCUUGGAACCGGUUGAACACCGAUGCGCAGCCGCCCUGCGCGAUUUUUUUGGUGAGCGCGGCAAUUUGGCUCCGCAGACAAUCCUCAAUGAGGUGGUGAAGUUCCGACAACUUAUUCGGCGUCCCGUUGUUGCGAAGGAACUUGUGAGUGAACGGGAUGCUCUUCUGGCAAAAUUGAAUGAGCGCCUACAGGGUAUUCGUUUAGAGUUUGAACAUCGUUCGGAGAGCACUGAAGAUGAUUUGUUUCUCGAGGACGAGGACCGGCGUUGCCAGACGGGACGUUUUAUGCCCGGUGUUGUGAACAAUAUGAUUUGGCUCCGUCAGCUUCGAGGACGAGUGGAGGAGAUGAUCAAAAUGUGUAAAUCACUUCUUCUGGACUUGCAGAACGCCAGGGAAUUUGUCCUGGCCGCAGAUACACUUUUAGAGGAAAUCGGAGAUUAUGAACUGGAGUUAUAUAAACAUUGGGCGAUGGAUGUGGAGGAUAACAGCCAUGCACUCAUUUUGGAUGCCAAUGCACCAUUGAUGGACAUUGAUGCGAAUGGGCGGGUGGAGGUGAAUUAUCCUGAACGUCUGGUACAACUUAUUAGAGAGGUGCGUAUCUUUCGAGGCUUGGGUCUUCGUAUUACCGGUGAAAUUCAGAGAAUGGUGGAUCAGGGAAUUUGUUUUUAUCGAAAUGGUGUAUCCUUGAAGCAAAUUGCAAGCACAUACAACUCCAUGACGAAAGAUAUUAUUCCUUGUACACGUGCCAUGCUGUUGGAGCCGGCGUUGUUCUUUGAGAAUAUCAUCACCGCCAGUGGAGACCGUAAGCUGACGUGGCGAAACGUGGAGGAUGCGGAACGAUUUAUUGGGAAGUUGCGUACAGCGUCUCAAUCCUUGACGGAUUCCAACCGCCGUCUUCACAGGCUGCAUAAAGAGAUUGAGGCCAUUGUGGUGGAGCUUUUUAGCGUGGAUUUACUGCGUUCACGUGAGCGGUGGAUGGGGAAAGUUCACACCAUUCGGGAGAAAAUGGAAAUGUCCGGAUUUAAAAACAUGGAGACAUGGAAGCUUUUUUGGGAUGUGCAACUGUACAAAGCCAUGGAGUAUCAGUAUCAGUUGGGACUGGAGAGCCUGCACGAGGUUGUGGCCGAGAUGAAGGCCGACAUUGUGUAUGAUCAGGAAACAGGAUUGGCGGCAUUACGGCCCUCAUUGGAGGUCAUCCGUGGGCAAUACUACCAACGCAUCAAGGACUUUAUGACUUUCCCGCUUGGAUUUCGGGGGUGCGGUGAAAAUGAGUUUUUUAAAGAGAUGCCAGCGCGCAAUGAACGUGGUAUUUUUGCUGUCAUGCAACACGCCGCACAACUUUUCAAGAAGGUUCAACAGGAAUUGAAACGGUUCCAUCCAUUACUCAUUAUUGGGCAAUGUGGAAGGAACGGGAAUCCAUCACUGGAGGAAAUUGUGGGGAAGACCUUAACCGAAGUGCAGCAUUGGGAACAGGGCAUUCGGUUGCUCAAACAAAAAGGUAAAGAAAUCAACGCAGAGGAGCUUUUCAUUAAAUGUGGUUGCAUCACACUGUGCACAGCCAGUAUUAAAGGAACCGUUGAGGAUCACUUGUACAAACUCUCUGAAGUUCUUCGAGUUACAUUGCGUCGAAGUGCUGAAAAUCACUUGCGUCGGAUCGAUGCAUAUCUUGUGGAGGUUUCAGGGUCAUUGGACUCCACGCUGACAAAGUUGGAUGAGAUUGGUGCUGCCAAUGUUCACCACGCGUACUUGGUGGAGCAACGACCAGCAAUGGAAGUUGAAUUUUACCACUUUUACAACAAGAAUAUGCUUCUGCAAAACAUGGCCAAUCGUGCGGGUCUUGACUUUGCCAAGACGAGGGAUGAGUGGGAUCGGGUAAUGCACCGUCUUGACUCCUACGAGAGUGAGAUGGAAGAACAAAUGGACAAACUAAAGGGUGUUAUAGAGGAAUCUGUCAAGAGUUGGCAAAAGAAACUGGAACGCUUCACCAAUCAAUGGCAUGAGCUUAAGCCGAAAAGUGCUGAUUCACCCAAUGCCGUGCAGUUUGUGAAAGAUCAACAGGAAAAAUUUAAAGCCCUAGAGGCAGAGGGAGAGGAAUGUGUCCAGCAGUGCAAAUACUUCCAGCUAGAGGAGCCCGAUAUUGAGCCUUUGCACGACCUUGGACGCGAUAUUGAGGAAUAUGCAUUGAUGUGGAGCAUGGUAGGGAAAUUUAAUGAAGAGCUGGGUGUAUUACGGGCCGAACCGUGGCUUGCUUUACGGGCGAAACUAUACAGAUUUGAUGAUUUGAUAAAGGUUUGGCAAGAGAAACUGAAAGAGAUUCCAAAUAACCCUAUUACCGUUCAGAUUCGUACGCUUCUUGACUCAUGGAGCCGUUGUGCGCCACUCUUUAAGUUUGUCCGUGGGGACGGGUUUACACCGGGUCAUUGGGUGGAACUUUUUCGCCUUCUUGGGACUCCCAACGCCACACAGGACACACUUCAGUUUGGUGACAUAAUUGACCGUUACGAGAACAUUUUGAGACAUGAGAUGGAAUUGAAGAAGUUGCAUUCACGUGCUCAAGGUGAGGCACAGAUUAGAGAGGCCCUCGAUGACGUAAGAUCGUGGGGAACGAAUGCAAAAUUUACACUUUGUGCCCAUCCUGAGCGUCCUGGUGUGAUGCUUAUUACGGAAUGGAAGGACACUCUCUCCGCUCUCAGCGACAACCAGGCACUUCUUUUAAGUAUGAAGGAAUCGCCGUAUUUUAGCAUUUUCGCCAGUGAUGCUAAUAAAUGGGAGGAAAGAUUGGCAUGCCUGGACGAGUACCUUCGUAGCAUGAACCAAAUUCAACGCAAAUGGGUAUAUCUUGAGCCCAUUUUCCGUCGUGGUGCACUGCCCCAAGAACAGGAGCGUUUUGCGCGCAUUGAUAAGGAGUACCUUCAGGUGAUGCAUACCAUUGCGAAGGACAGUCGUAUUGUCCCUCUGGCAACCCACAAAGAGUACAAGGAAGUUUUGCGCAACGUUUUGGAGCAACUUGAUCGCUGUCAGAGGGCGCUUAAUCAGUACCUGGAGGCAAAACGUGAUAGUUUCCCUCGGUUUUAUUUUAUUAGUGACGACGACUUACUUGAAGUUCUCGCACAAAGUCGCAACCCUCUUGUCAUUCAAUCCCAUUUGAAGAAGUUGUUUAUGGGCAUCCACGGUGUUCGCUUUGAUACACAGAAGGAACAUAUCCUACAAAUUCAUUCACUGGAAGGGGAGACAGUGCAACUUGAGGAACCCGUGCGCAUCACCGAUGAGGUGGAGGAGUGGUUAUCAAAAUUAGAUGUUGCGAUGAAAGAUACACUUCGGGUGCAUUUGGUGCGAUGCCUGGAGAAGCUGGACAUUGGCGCGUACGCCACACAAAUUCUUUGCACCGCCGGGAUGAUUGAUUUUACCAAAAAGACGGAAGGGGCUAUUCGAGAGUCCAAGGUGAGUGGCCUUUUAAAGCUUAAGGCAAACUUGCAAUCCCAGUUGCGUGAUUUGACAAUAUACACCGGCGGCAGCAGUGAUUUGGUUGUUGUUCUUAAACUGAAAUCACUUAUUAUGGAUCUUAUUCAUAACAUCGAGGUUGUAGAUAUACUGAUUCGAAACGGUGUUGAAAAAGAAACCGACUGGCUGUGGAGAAAACAGUUACGAUAUUAUUUGGAUCAUAACAAUAACUGUGUUUUGCGCAUGGUAGACGCAGAGUUCAAUUACAGCUAUGAGUACCAGGGUAACGCUCCAAAACUCGUACAUACCCCACUAACGGACCGUUGUUAUUUGACUCUGACGCAGGGCAUGCAACUUGGCUACGGCGGUAAUCCGUAUGGUCCCGCAGGAACUGGCAAAACGGAGUCUGUCAAAGCACUUGGGAAUGCAAUGGGUCGACAAGUGCUGGUGUUCAACUGUGAUGAGGGUAUUGAUUUCAAGUCAAUGGGCCGUAUUUUUACAGGUUUGGUUAAAUGUGGUGCUUGGGGAUGUUUUGACGAGUUUAAUCGUCUGAAGGUGGAUCAGCUGUCGGCGGUGUCUCAGAUGAUACAAGUGAUUCAGGAAGCACUCAAGAAUGGCGAGUCCCACUGUCAUUUGUUGGGGCGUGACAUUGAUGUUAACCCAAAUGCCGGCAUAUUUGUCACAAUGAAUCCUGCUGGGAAACGCUACGGUGGACGCAGCAAGCUUCCUGACAACCUGAAACAGUUGUUCCGCUCUGUUGCCAUGAGUGCUCCAGACAAUGAACUCAUCAUGGAGACGAUUCUCUUCAGCGAAGGAUUUGAAAACGCGACGGAAUUGGCCAAGCGAACUGUAGAGGUUUUUAAACUUGCCGCGGGUCUCUUGUCGUAUCAGCAGCACUACGAUUGGGGUCUCCGUGCUAUGAAGUCUGUCAUGCGGCUCGGGGGCUCUUUGAUUCACCAAUACUUGAUGGACCGUGUUGGGGGAAAAGUGAAGCUAACCCCGCAGGAUGUGUUACAGAAGGAGUGUGAGAUUCUUAUCAAGUCACUUCGUGUCAACACACUCUCCAAGUUGACCUUUGAGGAUGCGAUACUUUUUAACAAUCUUAUUGCUGACGUUUUUCCGGGUGUUCCUAUUAAAGAAAUUGAUUACACGGAAUUACAUCCCGCUAUUGUGGAGUCUAUCAAGGAACUGAAACUGCAAUUUGUGGAGUCGCAGGUACAAAAAAUUCUUCAGCUGUAUGAAGCAUUAAAGCAGCGCAUGGGAGUUGUAUUGGUUGGUCCUGGCGGUAGUGGAAAGAGUACCCUCCUCCGUGUUCUUCGACGAGCGUUGCAGAGGCUUGGUGUCUCUGUCCCUCUUUACGUGAUGAACCCCAAGGCGAUGCCACGUACGCAAUUAUUGGGUCACAUGGACAAUGAUACUCGUGAGUGGUUUGACGGCGUUCUCACGGAGGCGGCAAAGAAAGUUGUAAAGGAAGAGAAUGAUGUCCACUCAUGGAUUGUUUGCGACGGUGAUAUCGACCCCGAGUGGAUAGAGUCAUUGAACUCCGUACUGGACGACAACAAACUUUUGACGAUGCCAAAUGGGGUGCGUAUUCAAUUUGGCGACAAUGUGAGUUUCUUGUUUGAGACCCACAGCCUGGAGUUUGCAUCCCCAGCCACGGUCUCUCGCAUGGGUAUUAUUUAUCUUUCGGAGGAGGAUGUAAAUCCCAAGAUGAUGGUUGCAACAUGGCUGUUGGAGCAACCAGAGGAUUCUCGUGAUCAGAUGCGCAGCUGGAUCGAUGAGUUUUUUUACAAGGCCAUUGACAAUCUUUUGGCUACCGGUAACCUUAUCGUUGAGACAACGCGUACUGGCCUCGUGGCCUCCGGUCUUAGUCAGUUACAAAACUGCAGCAACAAGGCACAGUUUACACUUGCACUUGUCUAUGGAUUGGGGUCGUACCUUCCGGAAGAAAAUCGUCGGGAAUACGCGAAGGACAUUCAUUACAUGACGGGGGAACGCGUGUUGGAUAUGAAAGAUCCACUUGGCACCCGCUACGAUCUGCAGCAUGGUGGCUACAGAAGUUUUGAGUUUCAGCCCGCAUUUGAACUUUCGGUGGAAGAUCUUUACCGGUAUCCGAUGAUUGCUACCAUUGAAUGUCAGCGCAAUAUGGAAGUAAUGCGGGCAUGGACAAAGCCGCUCCGUCCUGGCGUAUAUCGCCCUUUUAUACUUGUCGGUCCAGAGGGUUGUGGUAAGACGAUGCUUCUCACCAAUUUAUUUGCGGGAAUUUCCGGUACUCGUGUGGCGACUGUGAAUUGCUCCGCACAGACGGAGGCUAUUCAUGUCAUUCAGAAAUUAAAACAAACUUGUCAAAUGUUUAAUACCAAUCAGGGGCGCGUGCUCCGACCAAAAGAAGCAGAACGCCUGGUGUUACUUCUCAAGGAUAUGAACCUUCCGAAACCCGACAAGUAUGGAACGGUACAGUUACAUUCCUUGCUACAACAACUUAUCCUGUACAGCGGUUUUUACGACACAGACCUAGAGUGGAUUACUGUCGAGCGUGUGCAAAUUGUUGGUAGCAUGAAUCCUCCCGGUAGUAUGGGUCGAUACCCUGUUGCGCCUCGCUUUCUUGCCAUUGUAUCCGUACUUUGCAUGUCGUAUCCUUCUCGAGAGUCUAUGCAGAUCAUUUACUCUGAGUUUUUCAACAUUAUGAUUCAAAGUCACAAGCUGAAAUUUGAACUGCCUGGAAAAGGAGCGGCCGACAUUGCACGCAUCAUGACAAUUGUCUAUGAGACUAUUGCUAUUCGAUGUACGGUGGAUGUGUCUUCGCAUUAUAUUUUUACUCCGCGUGACGUCACCAAAUGGGCACUCAAUUUACUUAAUUACAAUUCGGUGGAUAUCCCAGAUGCCAUUGGAUACGAGGGCCGACGCAUUUUUAUAGACCGUCUUAUUUCCCCCGAUGAAAGGACAAAAUUUGCCAAAUUGAUUUAUGAUAACUUGAUUUUCCUGGUUGGACACAGGGCGGGUAUUACUGAAAAGGAGACGACAUAUUAUGUUUCCUGGAUGGAUGUCGCCUCAUCAAGGGUAAAAAAACUUAAUGCCACCAGCAUGGAUGAACUGAAAAAGUCGGCGGAGCAUCUUCUUUUGAAUUAUUCAAGAGAGUUUGCCGAAUUGGAUGUGCAACUUAUUCCGGAGGUCUGUGCAUGGAUUGCACGGGUAGAUCGUGUUUUGUCGCAGGAGCGAGGGAAUUUGUUGCUUGUUGGCCGUUCUGGUGUGUGUGAUAGGGCAAUCAUUCGUCUUGUUGCAUACAACUUGCAUAUGGAGGUGAUGACGUUGGCUAUUACUCGGGAAUAUGGCAUGAAGCAAUUCAACGCGGAAUUGAAGUCUGUUUUGUGCAAAGCUGGCAUUGAGGGCCAACAUGUUGUGCUUCUGCUGGAGGACCAUCACUUUGGCAAUAACCCUCUUUUUUUGGAAUAUGUGAACUCGUUGCUCUCUUCGGGCGAGAUUCCUGGCCUGUUUACACAAGAGGAACAGGAGGCUCUUCUUGCCCCGCUUAGGGAGGAGGCAAUGGGGGAAGGCAUGAGUCCUUACGCAUACUUUGUUGAUCGUAUCGCACGAAUGCUGCAUGUGUGUGUUGUGAUGGAUCCGACAAACCCAAAUUAUGAGGUUCAUUGCCGUUCCAACCCUGCCCUUUUCACACGAUGCAACGUCUAUUGGAUGGGAACGUGGUACAGUGACAGUCUCAAAUUGAUACCACGACUGAUGAUGUCCAAUGUUUUUAAGGCGCUUGACAUGCGAUCGGACAAGAAGGAGUUUAGUCUUACAACAGAGAUUGUGCACAUUCAUCGCGGAUUCGCAGAGAAAUUUUCCCCACAGCAUUUUAAGACUCUUUGCCUCACGUACCAACGUAUAUUUAACGAAAAAAGUACUGCCAUCGCCGAGAUUUUGGAUCGUUUGCAAAGUGGUGUAUCCAAGCUGGAUGAGGCGCAAGAAAAUGUGGACCAGAUUGCCACAGACGUUGCUGAUAAAAAGACUCUGAUGGAGGCCAAGCAACGUGAGGCAGAUGAGGCCCUGCAACAAAUUCAGGCGAAUAUGGAGGAGGCGGGGAAUCAGAAAAAGAACAUUCAAAGGAUCCACAAGGAUCUUGAAAAAGAACAGAGGGCCAUCGAAGAGCGCAAACGGGUGAUUGAAGAACGCCUUAGCGGAAUUCAACCGAUGCUUGAUGCGGCACUUUCCUCAGUACGCUCUAUUCGCGCAGAGCACCUCUCCGAGUUGAAGUCUAUGAAACAGCCGCCCGCUGUCGUUCAGGAUGUGAUGGAGGGGGUGAUUAUCCUCAUCGCGAGUAAUUCCGUUACUGACAUCAACUGGACAGCCAUUCGCAAGAUUCUUGCCGGUGACAUCAAGAGCGACAUUCUCAAUUUCGAUCUCGAUAAUGUUAACGAAACUGCCCGCUGGAAGUUGGAGCGGUUUAUUCAAAGCCAUGAGAAUUCAUUUCGGCGGGAAGUGAUUGGUCGCGCCUCGAAAGCGGCUGCACCGAUGGCGGAAUGGCUCAAGGCAGUUGUGGAAUAUGGCAAAGUUCUUCAGACAGUGGCUCCCAUGCGAGAGGAGCUCAAGGGCUACGAGGCCAACCUAAAGAGUGGCAACGAGAAAAAGAAGAAAUAUGAGGUGAAACUAUCCAAGUUGGAGGAACAUGUGGAAGAGCUAAAAAAAAAUUUUGGGGAGAAGACAAUGGAGGCGGAGCGGUUAAAAGACAGAUUGGAGCAAGCAGAACAACUGUACCAAAGCGCCCAUGACCUCCUUGUCAAACUUGCGAGUGAACAUGACCGAUGGGCGUCACAAAUUAGGGCGAUUCGAGCUGACCAACACCUUCUUCCGAAACGUUGUUUACUCGCUGCGGCAUUUGUAAUGUAUUUGGGGAACGAGGCCGAGGAUGUGCGUCGGCGCACUUUGGAUGGAUGGAAGGAACGUAUAAAACAACUCGAUGGUUUUAAUUUUUUUACCUUUUUACGUCCACAGAGCACGCAACUGCAAUAUAAGGCGGAAGGACUUCCAGACGAUGAGCUUUCGAUGGACAAUGCGGUAAUGAUGCAGGAACAGGUAACCACGCCACUUAUAGUAGAUAGCUCCGAUCAGGCUGUUAA